AUGGUUAAUUAUUUUAGAAGAAUUUUAACAAAGCUAGAUAUUUUUGGCUCGAAUGUCGGUUUAAACUACAACAAAAAUAAUAUGUUUUAGACCUCCAUCGGAGGGGUUUUAAGCAUAUUCUUUUGUGCUUUAGUAAGCAUAUUUUUUUGGAACAAUAUCAUAGAAUUUUUGAGAAAAACAUAAGUCACAUCAUCAACCACACAACAAUAUUCGCCAAAUCCUGAUCCUAUAGUAGUUAAUGCUUAAAAUUUCAUGUUCGCUGUGAAAAUUUAAUAAGACAAUUUCGUAAAAAAUCCAGUACUCAACAUCACUCUUGAAACAAGAGAUUAUUAAAAUUACGAUAACGGAACUACAAUAAAGCUUAAAUACAAAUAAUACUUGGAACCAUGCACCCAAUAACAUUUUGCUUAAUUACCCUCUUAUGGAACAAAUUGGACUGAAGUUUUUAUAAAAUAUCAAUUCAAUGACUAUUUAUGCCCACUAUUAAAUUACAAUUUUACUGUUGGAGGAGACUACAAUAGCCCUCAUUUCUUCCAUUGGAAAUUUAGUGUUGGGAAAUGUUUUAAUUCUACUAAUCCUAAUGCCACAUGGUAACCAACUUGUUAAUCAACUGAUGCUAUAAAUAAUCUUUUUGCUACAGAUUAAAAUGUGAGAUUUCUUUUGUAUACAAGUAACUAUAUAAUAAAUCCAAAGAACAGUGAAGGUUAUGUUUCUAGUUUUGUAGAAGACUCUCUCAUAUUUUCAGUAUAAAAAGAAGUGGCAUACACAACAGCAGAUAUAUUUUUUACAUAAAAUACAAUUAAUACUGAUUAAAGCCUUAUCCCAUUUAAAGAUAUAUAAACUGAGUAAUAUCUACGCUACUCAUUCGGAAAUCUCAGAUAGCAGUAUGUCAUAGGAUAUUAGCCCGUGGUCUAUGGAGAUUUUUAUAUCAGAAAAGAUUGUAUGUCCUACAUUCAUAAUAGGUCUUUCACAAAAAUAAGUGAAAUUUUGUCUUAUAUCGGAGGAUUUACUUAAGUUUUCAUAUUAUUUACUGCAAUAAUAGUCAACUAUUACAACGAUUAUAUGUACUCUAUAUCAUUGGCUAAUAAACUAUAUGAUUUUGAGUUCAGCAAUUAAAAUGAUAGUAAAAGCAAAGAUAAGAAAAGUAAUCCAAAACCUCUCACUUCUAUUUCAAAAAAAGAUGAGAUAUUAAACAGGUAUAAGCAAAAUAAAUUAGAUAAAAUUGUUGAAGAAAACGAUAAUGUUAUUGUAUCUAAAUAAGAGCUACCCAUUAUAUAAAAACAAGAAAAAAAUUAAAAAAUAGUGGAGUAAUAAAAAGUAAACAAUAAUUAAAUUUAGAUUGAUAUGUUAAAAUUAGAAGAUACUUAGAAAGUAAAUCAUGAUGGUUUAAAGGAAUAAAAUAAUCGAAAAAGUAAAAAGAAAAAGGUCACAACAAGAGAAGAUGAUGGUUUAAUAUCUCUAGAUAAGUUAAAAUUCAUUUUAAAUGAGAGAUAGCAAAAUCAAUCAAAAAAUUAGGAAAAAAAUCAACUUUUAAGCAAAGGGAAUGAAAUUUAAAAUAUCAAUAGUGAGAUUGAUAUAAAAAGUCAAUAUACAAAUCAAUUUUAUGAGAAUAUGAAAAGAGAUAGUCAAUAAGUGGAAUAAAAAGAUGUGAUGAACGAAAGUAUUACACCUGAAUCGCCUCUUAAAAAAAUAAAAUAAAAUAAAAAACAACAUCAACAAACAGAAUUAAUUUAAAAAGCAUCGAAUAAAGCAGCUGAGGAAAAUGAAUAAAAGUCUGAGUUUUCCUAAGGAAUAGAUAGCCAAAGAAAUUAAAAUUAUUUGAUGAAUUAAGAACUUACUGAGCUGACAGAAUAAAGAAGUAAACAAAAUUCAAUUAUGCCAUAGGGAAAUAAGGAUCUGAAUUCUCCUAGUCAAACUCCUAGGUAAAACUAAGAAUAAAAAAAGCUUUUGGAAAAUCUAGGAAUUAGAGAUAAGAAGCACUUCUUAACAAAAGAAUUCGAAUAUCUUGUUAAAAGGCAGAAGAGUAUUACUAUGACUUUUAAAUUUUUCCUUUACAAAAUAUCUUUUGGAAGAUUUUUCAGGACAGAGCAAGUACUACUUUUAGACAAAGCAGAAAAGUAAAUGAAAAAAGAUCUAGAUGUUUUCAUGAUAUUAAAUAGGAUUAAAGAGCUAGAAAAAUUCAAAGCACUAUUUUUAGAUAGGAACCAAGAAAUACUUUUUAAUUUCUUCCCAAAACCCAUUAUUUCGAUUACAAGUAUGUCUAACAUGCCAUCUAGAGCAGAAAUGACUGAUUUAUUCAACUAAAUUUCCAAGCAAGAAGCUAAAAAAAAGAACAUGACUAACACAAUGAAGAAAUUAAAACUUAAAUUUAAAACUGCUUUACUAGUAACAAGGGCAGUCCAAAUUCUUAAAAGACCUUUACAUAAAAAAGUUACUUAGUUUGAUACGAUUUCUGCCUACAGAAAACUAUUCGAUGCCUACGAAAGCUUGAGAUCCUCAAACUAGAAUAUUUCUUUUAAUACUAAGCUAAUAACCUUACUGGGUGAAGAGAUGAACAAGAUUCUUGAAAUAGCAAAUUUGAUUGAAGUUAAGAACGAUAAAAGGAUAAAAGAAAGCUCAUUUAAUAAAUUAAAUUAAGAAAUCCCCAAUAGUCCUAAGCUAGGUUAAUCAUAAUUAAGUAGCUUUUUCCAUAAAAAUGAAACAUAUAGAGCCAAUAAUUCUUUCCAAUUAAAACCUGAAGAAUAUAUUAAUUCGGGAGAAAAUCUUUUUAGCAGAUAAAACUAUAAUUCUGAGUUAUAAUCAGUAGAAAAGAUCAAUUUUAAAAAGAAUUCAUCUUAGAAUUGA